AUGGACAACAGUGACUCCCCGGUGGACAAGGCCGACGCCGGCUCCAGCCUGGCCCUGGCGGGCGACAAGUCGCUGACCAUGGACGAGAGACAUCUGAUUCUUCAAGACGCAGAGAGCUCUGUGCUCAUGCCGGACGUCGUCUAUCCAGACCCGGCCUUCAAAAAGUCAAGGCGCUCCUGUUGGGCCUCUGUCAGCGCCACCACGCCUCCGGGUGCCUCUGGCCGGCGGUUGAUUCCCUUGUACAACGUCCUGUGGGCCGAGUUGGCCGGAACAAAGGUGGUCAUCACCUACGCCGCUCAGCCCUCCAAGACGUCCAUCACGCCCGAGUCCUGGACAGGCGAGGUCCAUGCUUCGGACGACUACCCCGAGGACUCGCAUCCGGAAUCCUUCAUGGCCGACCUUGUCUCGCGCGCCUAUGGCGAGGCGAGGCCGCAAAGGCGCGCAUACGUGCUCAUCAACCCCAGUUCCGGCCCCGGCGGUGCCCUGCGCAAGUGGGAGCAGGACGUGCUGCCGCUCUUGGAGGCGGCCAGAAUGCAGAUGGAUGUCGUGAUGCUUACCCGCGGCGGAGAGGCGGCUGAGCUGGCCGAGAAGGUCGACAUUGACAAGUACGACACCAUCAUGGCUUGCUCGGGCGAUGGCACGCCGCACGAGGUCUUCAACGGCCUGGCCAGGCGGGCCGAUGCCAGGAGGGCUCUGUCCAAGAUUGCGGUAAGCCAUAUUCCGUGCGGCUCGGGCAACGCCAUGUCCUGCAACCUCUACGGCUCUCACCGGCCCGUUUUCGCUGCGUUGGCCAUCAUCAAGGGCGUCGUGACGCCCCUCGACCUCGUUUCCAUCACCCAGGGCGAUCGUCGCUUCGUCUCGUUCCUUUCCCAGGCGAUUGGCAUCAUCGCCGAAAGCGACCUCGCCACCGAGCACCUCCGGUGGAUGGGCAGUGCAAGGUUCAACCUGGGCGUCUUUACGCGCGUCUUCCGGCGCAAAUGCUAUCCGUGCGACUUGGCCAUCAAGGUCGAGGUUGGAGAGAAGGACGGCAAGGACGGCGUCCGGGCUCACUACAAACGCCACGCUAGCGACGCGAGCCUUGAGAAAGCCCCCGCGCCGAGUGACGACGACGAGCUACCCGGCGAAUGGGAGCUGGCCUCGCAUGACAAGAUUGGCACCUUCUACUGCGGCAAUAUGGCUUACAUGGCGCCCGACAUCAAUUUUUUUUCGGCUGCCAUCGCCUCGGAUGGUUGCAUGGACAUGGUGUCCAUCGAUGGCGACCUGUGGCCCCUGACGGCGCUCAAGACGCUCAUGUCUGUCGAGACGGGCAAGUUCUUCGACAGCCCGCACGUGUCGUACAAGAAGGUGUCGGCAUACCGCAUCAUCCCCCGCGAGCAAGAGGAGGGCUACAUCAGCAUUGACGGAGAACGAGUGCCGUUUGCACCGUUUCAGGCCGAGGUGCACCGGGCGCUCGGGAGAGUCAUCUCCAAGCGGGGGUGCUUUGAGGCGGACGGACCGGCCAAUUGGGACUCGGUCUCUGUGGCGGAGAGGCUGCAUGCCUGA